AUGUGUUUACUUCCUGGAAUGAUGGACAAUCCAUCUUAAUACGCCACGCCUGCAGCCAAAGACCAUUAGUGCAGACUUUACAUUCUUGUAUUAUUUCACUUUGCCCUGGGUAUAAUGCUCACAGUAGCUUCACCUUAGAUAGGUUUCAUGGAUAUUAUCAUCCCUUUUAUAUUACUCUGCACUGCAUAUAGCAUGAAUUUCUGCACAUUGAUGUUUUACAUAAUUCUAAUAAUAAAUGACCUAGUAACCUAUGUUUGUGCAGUUGGAUUAGCUGUUUAAAGAGGAUCAUUUUUAAGCUAUUAUUAAAAUCCCGACAACGAUAACUACAAUCCAUUUUUAAUGACUGUCUUGAUAAUGUGGGUAGUAUUCUCAUUAGUAUCACUAAUAGUUAGUUUCUACGCAUACAGAGAGUUUAAAGGAAUGGCUUAUGACCAAAUGGGCAUGCAGGGAGGAGCAAUAUAUGGAGGAAUGAUGAGAGGAAUGAAUAGAAAUAGAGGACCCAAUAAUACAGGUGCUGGAAGAGAUUAAGAUGAGGAGGUUGCUUAUGGCCAGCCUUUAAUGAACUAAUAGCAGUAGAAUAAUAAUCAAAACAAUAAUUACCAAAACUAGAAUCCUAGUAAUGCAGCUAAUAACUAAGAAUAGUAAAAUAAUAGAGCUCAAGAUGCAACAUCAGCUAACAGAAAUCGUUCGGGAGGAUUUGUUCCAUUUAGUGGAUAAGGAGUAAGAAUUGGUUGA